AUGUUUCGCAGAAAUUUCUCUGCGUUGACGUGUGAUUCUUGUCGUGCAUUCUUCAGAAGAUAUGCGCUUAAAAAUGAGGAAUUGAUACGAAGUAAUGAUGAAAACCAAUUGAGACGACUUCAGCUCUUGGAGAGGAAGCAAAGACUAAAAUUGUUGCCACAAAACAUCGAUUCUUCCGGAUCUGAGACGAUAGACAACUUAUUGUCCGCCAAAGACACCAAUGAAUUGGAUGUUAUGUUUGAUUUGAUUCAAAAUACACUGGAAAUUACUAACGAAGAGCUGAACAAACAAAUCACCGAAAUUGAAAAUAAGUUAACAAUUACGACGAAAAAGAAUUCAUCAAUUAAUCAGAUUUGUCACAAAUACGGGGCACUGACUGUCGUUCCCAUAUUUCAAACACUCACUGAUUAUAACGGCUUAAAUCAAUUGGAAACCCGUCGGGUAUCGGAACUAUUGAUGGCGUGUAAAGUAUUGGAUUAUCCAAUGGCUAGAAAUUCGGUGCAAAUCACAGACAAACUCGAGAUGAUUAGACUGUCGACACUCAGGUCUGAGAACCAAAUCCAGGAUUUGAUCACUUUUUCCAAAGGAUUGACCGCUUUCUCUGACCUGUGUUUUACCGAUCAGUUGGCGCUCAUUAAGUACGGGUCACUUGAAUUAAUGCAAAUCGGUUUCUCAAUGGGUUAUGACAUUCAAAAUGAAAGUUUUACUAUUUAUUUGGACAGCGACAACUCUAUUUUUACGGCAAUAAUACUAUUCAAUCCUAAUCGACCAAAUCUAACUCAUAGGCAUAACGUGGGACUCGAACAACAACUGUAUAUAUAUUUACUGCAAAGAUAUCUACUAUUGAAAUAUCAAUCGGAAUCGGAAUCACAGACAAGACUACAAACACUAAUGAAUUUAGUGAAUGAGACUAUAAUUAUGAGAGAAUUCAAUGUAAAGUUAGGAUUAGAGGAAUACAAAGAUUAUACUAAUUAUUUCGGACCACUUGUCAAAGAGAUAAAUUUCUUUGUGUUUACUUGUGAUUCUUGUCGAGCAUUCUUCAGGAGAUAUGCGCUUAAAAAUGAGCAAUUGAUACGAAGUGAUGACGAAAACCAAUUGAAACGACUUCUGCUCUUAGAGACGAAAAGUAGACAAAAAUCGUUGUCACAAAACACAGAUUCUUCCGGUUCUGAUACAACUCGGUGUCCGGCGAAGACACCAAUGAAUUGGAUGUUAUGUUUGAUUUGA